UGAACAUGGCGUCGGACCCACCGGAUGUCAGGAGUGGACACAUCUAUAGAACCUACUGGCUCUACUGGCGUCUCCUGGGUGUCGAGGGCGAGUAUCCAUUGCGAUAUCUACUCGAUGUAAUACUCAAUUUCUUUGUGACCAUUUGGUAUCCCACACAUCUAAUCAUUGGCUUGUUCCAAGAGCGGACCAUUGGGCAUGUGUGCAAGAAUCUACCCUUCACAGCGGAAAGUUUCUUCUGCAGCUUUAAAAUCAUCUGCUUUCGCUGGCGACUGGCAGAGAUCAAGAAAAUUGAACAAUUGCUCAUGGAGUUGGAUCAGAGAGCCGUAAGUCCAGAGGAGCGUGUAUUCUUUCAUCAGAAUACUCGAAGUGUGGCGGAAUUCAUAUCGAAAAGUUAUGUGGCAGCUGGAAUAUCGGCCACAGUGACGGGAACAGCCUCUGUUUUGUUCAGCAGCGGACGAACGCUGAUAUAUCCUGCGUGGUUUCCCUACGAUGUCCAAGCCUCAGCCCUUAGAUAUUGGCUUAGUUUUGCCUAUCAGGCCACUGGAGCGAGUCUUACGAUUCUGCAGAACAUGGCCAAUGAUUCGUAUCCCCCGAUGACAUUCUGUGUGGUUGCUGGACACGUGAGACUCUUGGCCAUGCGCCUGAGACGAAUGGGACACCACGACGAGGCAUCAAAGCAUGGAAAUUCAAAGAAACUCAUUGAAAAUAUCGAGGAUCACAGGAAGCUAAUGCAAAUUGUCCGCUUGAUGCACAGCACACUGUACCUCUCACAGCUUGGACAAUUCAUCUCGAGUGGCAUCAACAUUUCCAUUGUCCUCAUCAACAUACUUUUCUUUGCGGAGAACGGCUUUGCGAUUAUCUACUACGUGGUUUACUUCAUGGCCAUGGUACUGGAGCUCUUUCCAAGCUGCUAUUACGGCACUUUGAUGUCCAUGGAGUUCCAUAAGCUGCCAUAUGCCAUCUUCUCCAGCAACUGGCUUGGAAUGGGCCGACGAUACUGCCACACUCUGCUCGUACUGAUGCAGUUCACGCUUACGGAGGUGGAUAUCAAGGCGGGCGGAAUGGUCGGCAUCAGCAUGAACGCAUUCUUUGCCACCAUUCGAAUGGCAUACUCCUUCUUCACCCUGGCAAUGUCGUUCCGUUAAUGAGUGGCAUUCCGUGGCAUAUUCGUUUAAUUUUAAUUACCACCUAAUGGCGGAUAUUA